AGUAUGAAAUAAAAAAGUUUGGAUUUAUGUGAAAAUGAGAUGGUAAUUGUGUUGGAUCGCUUCCACCGUCUUGGAGCUGUCAACGAGGCGGCGGAGAAUGGAAAACGCCGACGUUUUCUUGGGCUUACACGACUUCCUCGAGCGCAUGCGGCAACCCUCCGCCGCUGAAUUCGUCAAAGCCAUCAAAAGUUUUAUCGUUUCGUUUUCGAACAAUGCUCCCGAUCCUGAUAGGGACAGUGCCGCGGUUCAAGCGUUUCUUGCCAAAAUGGAAGCGGAUUUCAAGGCUCAUCCCCUUUGGGCUGGUUGCUCUGAGGAGGAGCUCGAAAGUGCCGGUGAAGGGCUUGAGAAGUAUGUUAUGACAAAGUUAUUUGCUCGUGUAUUUGCUUCACUUCCAGAUGAUGUAAAACUUGAUGACCAACUUUCUGAGAAGAUGGCUUUAGUUCAACAAUUUAUUCGACCUGAAAAUUUGGAUAUCAAGCCAGUAUUUCAGAAUGAAUCAUCGUGGUUGCUUGCACAGAAAGAAUUACAGAAGAUCAACAUGUACAAGGCACCCAGGGACAAACUUGUCUGUAUUUUGAAUUGUUGCAAGGUUAUUAGUAACUUGCUGAUUAAUGCUUCACUUGCUUCCCAAGAGAAUCCUUUUGGAGCUGAUGAAUUUCUUCCUGUGCUUAUUUAUGUAACCAUAAAGGCAAACCCCCCACAACUGCACUCAAAUCUACUGUACAUACAACGGUUUAGACAUCAAUCUCGACUGGUUGCAGAAGCAGCAUAUUAUUUUACAAACAUGCUAUCUGCUGAGUCGUUCAUUUCAAGCAUCGAUGCCAAAGCCAUUUCAAUGGAUGAAGCUGAGUUUGAGAGAAACAUGGAAUUUGCUCGUGCUAUGCUUUCGGGCAUUUCAGCUGAUACGCAAGAUCCUGGCUCACCUUAUCAGAAUAACGGACAACUUCCAAGAGCAGAACCCACCAAGCACAAAAGUAAAGCUUUGAAUAAUAAUAAGGACACUGCACUACAAACUCCAUCAUCUGUUGCAAAAUCAGAUAUCAAGAAAGUGACUUCUGCAGAUGAAUUAUUGAUCACAAAAGUUCCAUCCCUCUCGGAUUUGGAGAAUAAAGGGGCAAGUAUGAUUUUGAAGGAGGAUAAGUUGAAUGAAGUUUUUGGGGAGUUUCCAUAUUUAUUUGCUAGUGUAGGUGACCUAACAGUAGGUGAUGUUGAAGACCUGCUAAAUAAUUACAAACAACUUGUUUUCAAGUAUGUCUCGCUUUCCAUGGGUUUAGGCAUCUCUCCUACAUCGAAUCCACCAUCAAAUCCCCAUAACAUCGCUGAAGAAGAUCACGCUGUAACCACAAAUCCCCAAAACAACUCUGAAGAAGAUCAUGCCGAAACUACAAUAGAUUCUUCAGAUGGUGGACCUCUGGAUGCAACAGAGUAUAGUUCUGAUAAAGUUUCACUUAUUGAGGAGAAAAAAAUUGAAUCUGAUCCGCCACGGGAUGAGCCAGUUGCUCCUGAGAGUGAUGCUCCCUCUUAACUAAUCGGAACUAGCUUCAACCGUUUUCUCCCCCCACCCAUACAACCCCAUUUUUUCAUCCUUUUUGUGUAAAAUUAUUUUAUGUUGUCCGUUGUGCGGUAGCUACUCUCCUUCCUUAAGUUAGGGAUGGCUAUACCAUGACCACUAUGCCCUCUGUAAUAUUGUUCUUAAAUAGAUUUUAGAACUGCAACAAAUAGAAAUUCUACGUUUGGUUUUGCGAUGGAAAAAAUAAUGCGUAGAUGCAAAUCUGGUUUUGUUUGAUUGACCCCGUGUACGUUGAAAAUUGUUGAUACUGAUAUUAGCCAGGUGGGAUAUGUAUUAAUAUACUCCUUACCUCGUUUAUG